AUGGCAGUGGAGAUGUCGAAGGAGCGUAUCUACCUGGACACCAAGAAGGAGAGUAUGACGGCUGACGGACUGUCGGCAGUGGUCCCUGAUGGCCACCCCAGUUAUCACUUCUUCCUCUUCAAACACACGUUCGAGGGUGACUACCAGGAGAGCAUAGUGUUUAUCUAUUCGUGUCCCGGGUUCAAGAGCAGCAUCAAGGAGCGCAUGCUCUACUCUUCUUGCAAGGAGCCACUGGUGUCUGUAGUAGAGGACAGCCUCAAGAUCGAAGUUGUAAAAAAGAUUGAGAUAGACAGUGGGAAAGACCUGAGUGAGGCUUACAUCAUGGAGGAGGUCCACCCCUCCCAGCAGGCUUACCGGCCAAAGUUCAUGAAGCCGCCGGGUCCAGCAAGGAGACGGUCUCGCUCACCAGCCAAGAACAACCACUCUGACAUUGCCUGAACCUCUGUCCCUGUGUGUGUCUAGCAAUGAUCGUGUUUUUGUUGUUCUAGAGAGUGUACAUAAUAAUUUAUUAUUUUGACUUAGGAAACAGUACAUAAUCAAUUUCACACCCAUACUUACUCUUUGAGCUAACAU